GAUGCUCUAGCAAACAACAAGGCUCUCCAUUUCACGUCCAGAUUCAUGUAUUUAACGCUCUGGGGCGAUGAAAUUUCCAAUCAAAUACAGUUCAAAGAAGUGGUGGAUCGUCUAGCCGGUGCAACAAAUAACGUUCAGUAUGCUCAUAUUUCACCCACUGAAAUAGACGAAGUAAAUCCCAAACCACACCAGCACCUGCUAAUAGUCACCAAGAGACCGCGCUCAUUUAAAGCGAGACCGUUAAUUAAUCACUCGGACGGAACGAAGCAGACUUUUUGGUACUCACGGGUAAAUUCUUACACCUCACGCACUGGUGAUAUCUCGGCGAUUAUACGUUAUAUUACGAAGAAAGGUGCUGGGAUGUGUAAGGGGGAUCCAUCCACAAAGGAGGACUUGAAACAGACGUGGAUCAACGCUUUAUCAGAACUCGAUUCUUACCAGGAUUACAGUGAAUUGGAAAAAACCCUUCUAGAUAUUAACGCUGAAAAGUAUAUUCAGCAGGAAGGUAAAAUAAAGGCGAGGUGGUUGCGUAAGAACGCGAGACGUCUAGAUAUCGAACAUUACACGAGAACCGAUUUAUUCCCCUGGAGAGAAGAAAUGCCGGAAGUACAAACAAUCCGCAAAUGGUUGAAAUGUGCCGCGGGGAAUAAAUAUCGGAUGGGAAAUUUAUUUAUUGUAGGACCUACCAAAACAGGCAAAACAGAAUUUGCCAUACAAGAAAUCUUCUUAAAAUAUAAUACCUUCAUGUUAAGAGGAGAUUCUCUGUUCGACGCGUACGACGACGAACAAAAUUAUAAAUUCAUUCUCUUUGACGAUAUAAAUUACGAUAAAAAUUUAAUAAGAUUAAUAAAGGCGGUUACUUCUACUAUAGAUAAAAAAACAAUGGUCAAUAUUAAAUACUCAAAAGCAAUUGUUACCGCCAGACCUUGUAUCCACCUAUUAAAUCAGAGGGAGUAUGAAGGAGUAGUAGAAUUGAUGAAAUACAACGGAGGCUAUAACUGGUGGAAAAGAAAUUCACUGACAGUGUUCAUAGAUAAAAAGCUUUAUAAAGAUCCCGAAGAAUCUGAAAAAGAUUCAGAAGAUAUGGAAAAGCGGGAAGAAAACUACGAUGCAAUGGAAGAUUUACAAGAAAAAUAUGAGACCAUCAAAGAUAUGCCAGAAGAACAAGAUUUAAUUGAUAAUAAAUCGGCGGAGCACCUCUCUUUCUACAAAAGAGUGACUAAUUUAAUGGAGUCACUCGGUUACGAUGAAGAAUUCCUAGAAGGCCUGACGGAAAAAAUAAAAGAAGCAAAGAAAGAUAAGAAGAUGAAAAAAAUUCUAAAUGAAUCCCAAGAAGACAACACGAGUAUGUUAGAAGAGUGGAACAAAGACCUAGAAGAAUACCAAACAGAUAAUCCACUCGGCUUGUCAAGGGAAGAUUUUGGCGACUUCGAAAGAGAAACCAUGUCCUCCUAUGAAAAGCAGAGAAAUAGUUAUUUCGCGAGAUACAUGGACUCUUCAGCUGAUGAUUACAACGAAGAAAUGGAAGAAGAUUAUACAGACGAAGAAUACAAAGAAGAAAACUUUCCCAGGGAACAGCCACCUUUCUGA